UCUGAUAGCAGUUUGGUUUUAAUGUUUCAGGUUGCAAUUGGAGCUAUAUUGGUAACAAAUUUGAGGGAGACAGGAACAUUGGACAAGAAACUAGCAGCAGUGGUGGUUCUUCUGGUGUGCACGUAUGUAAUGUCAUUCGCGUGGUCAUGGGGACCGCUCGGGUGGCUAAUUCCAAGUGAGACAUUCCCAUUGGAAACAAGAACGGCUGGUUUUGCGUUCGCGGUCAGUACUAACAUGCUCUUCACUUCCCUCAUUGCACAGGCAUUCUUGACAAUGCUGUGCACAAUGCAAGCCUAUAUCUUCUUCUUCUUCUCCGGAUGGAUCGUCGUUAUGGGAUUUUUUGUUAUCUUCCUUUUGCCUGAAACAAAGGGAAUUCCAAUUGAUUCUAUGGUGGAAAGUGUUUGGAUGAAGCAUCCUGUUUGGAAGAAACUAUUCUAGAUUGGCUAUUUUGUUAUCAAAAGAUUGUUAGUUGUUGUUUUUUUUCUUUCUUCCUAUCUGCCUAUCCUUAUAUCAAAUUUUGUCUCCAGUUUUGUUUGCAAAAGAAAAAUUUAAUCUAUAAAAGUUGUUUUUUGCUUUA